AUGAACGGUUCUACCGCUUCCGUCUUACUCUCACACAACCGUAUACCCCUCGCUGAAGCUUCAGUAAAAAUAUACCAUGCCAAGUUCGGUGUAGACCCACCUGAAUGGCAGUACUUUCACCAGAGGGGCAAGGUCAUCUUUGGGAGGGAUGAAGAGUACCCUCGGGAGACCGAUUCUGAUGGAUCAGGAUCGAGCGCUCACUUGAGCGAUGUGCAUACCGGAAUCAUGGAUGUAGAGUGUUACUGGUUCCGUCUUCUGGAUCCCAUCUCGGGGAAGAUCAACUGGUUGUUUCCUGUCCCAGAUAACCUCACCUAUACGAUGGACAAGCCGUUCUUCCACAUAUUCAAUGGCAGGUUUCCUCCCUUCUUUUUCAAGAGCAGGUUAUGGGGAUUUCUCUUUGAGAUCGAUGCAGAGAGCCACGCGUUCAGCGAGGUCGUCAAGCGCCACCUGCCAACACCGUCAGGUACUCAGUUGCGUCUGUACAGUGUUGGUCCAUCCGCUCACCAAGGGGUUUUAGCACGAUCUCAGACAGCACCCGUCAGGGUGUGGACAACGUUCCCCAGAAUGAGGAGUCUUCGAUCCAGAGACAAGCCUGCCUCCAUUUCUGAAAGGACACCCAGAAUCACCUCCACAAUGAUUUCACUACCAAGGAGCAGCUCUUUCGCCCAUCUGGGACAUAUAGGUCUCAAUCGAGACGGGGAGGUUGAAAGAUCAGAAAGUGUCGAUCCUUCGUGGGCGAGGAUGAUAAAUGAAAGCCAGGUAGACGACGGCGGUCGAUACACCGUCACGAAAGAUACUGUAGGAUGUUUCCGCGGGUUUUUGUGA